AUGGCGACCGCCUACGAGAGAUACAAUUUGCACACAACCCCAGAGAAGUUCUUCAUUGAGGCCUGCGAUGAGGGGGCUGAUGCUGUGCUGGCAAUUGACAGGGUCUCAAAUGAGAUGACCCUCACAGGUAAAAAAGAUGUUCCUCCCUCAGCGGUCACCAGGCCUAUAUGUGGUAUCAUGGGAACCAUUCGCUUGGUAGCAGGAAUGUACCUGAUUGUUAUCACCAGGAAGAGGAAUGUGGGCAGCCUCCUGGGCCACGCUGUGUGGAAGGCUGUGGAUUUUGAUGUCAUCUCUUAUAAGAAGACAGUGCUGCAUCUCUCAGAGAUCCAGUCUCAGGAGAAUAAGACUUUCCUGUCCAUGAUUAACAAUGUGCUGACUACAGACGGCUUCUACUUCUGCACUCACUACGACCUGACACACACUCUGCAGCGGCUGGCCAACACUAGCCCCGACUUCCAGGAGAUGAGUCUGCUGGAGAGGGCAGAUCAGCGGUUUGUGUGGAAUGGAAAUCUCCUGAGAGAUCUAGCUGCACAGCCAGAGCUUCAUAAGUUUGCACUUCCUGUUGUCCAUGGAUUCAUCGUCAUGAAGCCGUGUCGUAUCAAUGGGAAAAUCUUUGAGUGGAUCCUCAUAUCCAGGAGAAGCUGCUUCCGUGCCGGUGUCAGAUACUACGUUAGAGGCAUCGACUCUGAAGGCCAUGCUGCUAACUUUGUGGAGACUGAGCAGAUAGUUUUGUAUGAGGGAGCAAAGGCUUCAUUUAUUCAGACACGAGGCUCCAUGCCCUUUUACUGGAGUCAGAGGCCCAACCUGAAAUACAAACCUAAACCUAUCAUCAGCAAAACCACCAAUCACAUGGAUGGUUUCCAGAGGCAUUUCGACUCUCAGCUCCUCAUCUAUGGGAAGCAAACUAUUCUCAACCUGGUGAAUCAGAAGGGCUCAGAGAAGCCACUAGAACAGGCCUUUGCCAAAAUGGUUUCUGGGAUGAACAAUGGUAUGCUCAAUUACAUAGCCUUCGACUUCCACAAGGAGUGCAGCCACAUGAGAUGGGACCGUCUCCAGAUCUUAGUGGAUGCUGUCGCUGAGACACAAGAUGAAUACAGUUACUUCAUGAUGAACUCAGAGGGGAAGACAGUGGCUCAGCAGAGAGGAGUCUUCCGCAGUAACUGCAUGGACUGCCUGGACAGGACCAACGUCAUCCAGAGCCUGCUGGCCCGACGCUCCCUACAGUCUCAGCUUCAGAGGAUGGGGGUUCUGAAUGUGGGUCAGCGGAUUGAAGAGCAGGCUGAGUUUGAGAAAAUCUACAAGAACGCAUGGGCUGACAAUGCCAAUGCAUGCGCUGUACAGUACGCAGGAACUGGAGCCUUGAAAACAGACUUCACAAGGACGGGGAAGAGGACCAGGUGGGGGCUUCUGAUGGAUGGCUGGAACUCCAUGAUCCGCUACUACAAAAACAACUUCUCUGAUGGGUUCAGACAGGAUUCCAUUGACCUGUUUCUGGGUAACUUUGCUGUCGAUGAGUCAGAUGGACCCACUCCUCUUCGAGUGCAGAAGGACUGGAAAUUCCUUACGCUGCCCAUCAUUAUGCUGGUGGCAUUUUCCAUGUGCAUCGUCUGUCUCCUCAUGGCUGGCGACACGUGGACAGAGACCCUGGCUUAUGUGAUGUUCUGGGGGGCUGCUAGUGCGAUUACAGCCACUAUCAUCCUGUUUAAUGGCCAAGACUUUGUGGACGCCCCCAAACUGGUUCACAAGGAGAAGAUGGACUGAGUGUGCGUGUGUGUGGGUGUAUGUGAGGAUUAGCUGCACCCAGCAGGCUCAUAUACCUCGUCAUCCUCACCAUCUUCUUCCCCAGGUCUGCACUCUACACAGAUCUGCUGCCUGCCCUCUGCCGCCUUUGGACAUAUUUGACCUUCUUCAGUUGUAAUGCACACACUCCUUUACAUGGUUUCCAUUUCUUUCCUACUUUCCUCAUACUGUAUCUUUAGGUUAGUUUUGCUUAUAUGUUGGUUUUGUUGGUGUUAUGUUGUCAGUUACACCGAGGGUCUGUGUUGUCUCAGUAUUCUAUCCACAACAAAUUAAAUUUCUAUACAAUAGCACUACUGUUACUACUGUUCUUAUCUCUUUAACAUUCUUAGAAUUAAUUUCUCUUUCAUAAAAAAUGUUACAACAAGCAUUUUCCCAUUGUGCUUCAUUAAACACAUUUUAGUCCCGCACACCCACACAGGUAUUUUAAAUUCCUCUGGCUGAUCAGACCUCAAAUCAGGUCUUUCUGUGCUGGAAAUUAGGUGAUGUCACCAAACUCUAUACUAAUACAAAAUGAUAAAGGUUGUGAGAUAUCCAGCCCUGGUACAGGUACAACAAAACCAACAGAAGCAUGGGGGAGAUUUCAAGUGGAGUUUGUACAUGUUAAAACACCUGUGUGGCUGGACUAUGGGUAGCUAGGGGCUUUAAAGCUGCAUUCACUUUUUUGACAACUUGUGAGAACUGCUGCAAGCUGAAAACAAGAUAUCUGACAUAAUCUCACCAUAUAAAGUUGUUCAUCUGGUGUUGGGCGGGUAGUGUACCGGAGGGUAUCGGAGCUUUUUUACUGCCAACAGCUGCCUGCUGCUGGAAAUGAUAUUAGCUUAAACAAUGAGCUGAAAGACACUAAAAAGCUCUGUAGCACUUCAGAGCUGAUGAUAAUUCUCUGUGGGUUUGUCACAACAAAUGACCACUUCCACAUUACGCAUAGUCAUGUAAUCCAUUAUUAAUAUAAACAGAUUGAUUAGUGCAGCUUUUAAGAUACUGAACGUAGUUGUAUUCGUCCCAAACAGGGCAUUGAUGUCAAUUAACCCUAAACAGUCACACUCAAAUAUAUGGAACUUAAACAUGCACAUAGUGAUGAAGAGAGCACUCUAUACAGUAUGUACCUGUUGAGUUUUGAAUGUAAUAAGCCUUACAAACUUGCAUAUGAAAUAUAAAUAUUUGGCUAAUCUGUGUAUAACUGGAGUGAACAAUUUGUCUUCCUAGUGCGCUAACGUAGGAGAGUAUAGUGAUUUUGCACUUUGGAGAACGAUGAAAUGUGCUGCCUGCAUACCGCUAUCAGUCAUUUGUACUGAGUGUUAGUACUCAGUCUGUGGUUUUCUCAGCCUAAUUCCUACAGUGAUUGAAAUAGGUUUGGUGUUGAGACCACGGGAGAAACAAACUGACCAAUUUAGAGCUUUGUAGGGAGGAUUAAGAAUGAGGAAGGCAUCUACCUACAGGUCUACGUUGGCUACUUGGCUACAUCAAUGAAAAGCUACUCCAAGAAACCACUAACAGCUUUGCUGUUGACUGAAAAGGACAUUGCCUGGAUGUUUUUUGCCACAUGAUAUCUUGAGCUCACAACUAACACUUCUUUCUAUCUCCAGUCAACAUACUGUUUUUUUGUGGUGAUAACUUCAUUAUCUAAAGAAACUGAAUUAUUGUGUGAUAAUAUUCAAGUCUUUAAGACCUUUAUCCUUGGUUAAUGAUUUAAUGGUUUCAUUAGCUUGAAAACAAUAACAAAUGGUUCACUUCUUGAGUUUUGAAUGCCUUUUAUUCUAAGGUCAUUUUUUUGUCCUUUUCAGUCAACACAGAAGCUGCGUUAGCGGCUGCAAUAAACAUUUUAUGUCAAUCAGAGAAAUGUCCAUUUAAGAGUUGCCAUUUCUGUAUAUAGAGCUACAGCAACCUGUACAGCUGCACACGUCUGUCAACUUGUUGCAAUUUCUGUGGUCAAUUUUCAGCUAUUUUUCAUUGAUGUUGCUAGUUAGCUAGCUAGUUAUGCAGGAAGAUAACAUCCCUGUUCUUGAUUCCACCUACUAAAGCUAUGGUUAGUUCAUUGUUUCUUCACAUAAUGGUUUGAUAACUACAUCAGGCCUGUUUAAAUCUCUGAACAAAUUGGAGAUGUGAGCAGCUAUUCAGAGGUGUGGAACCAAGCUUGUUCAUCUCAGUGUCCCUGGGUUGCUCCAUGGCAGCAUGCAUUGCUGUCUGCCACAGUGUAUUUUUCUGAUACGGCUAGGGUAAGCCACAGUUUCAAAUUCUACACAAAGAAGGGGAUGUUCCUCAAGAUAAGACUGAGGUGAAAGGAAAAGGCCUACACCCAAUGUUACAAAAUAAUACAUUAAAUUUCCUGUUAUAGAAACACCACAAAAACUGUUGUUGUAUCGAUGUUAUUUACAGUAAUUAAACUGGGAUCUCAGCUAAAAACAUAUUACUAACCAGGAAGUCUACCGUGCACCUGUUCUCAGUCUGGUUCAGUUUCCUGCUCGCUCACAGGGGUCUAGAAGAGAAUUAGUCCAAAUCCAAUGUUGGAUCAUUGCCUUACAUACCUGCCCGUAUGGGCUUUGAAACCUUCCUCUCAUGUUGAUAGUUUUAGCAGAAUUGGUCACCAUGCUUUCUUGUUGUGUAUGAUUUCACAUACAACCUAUGUGGUGUUAACUUUCAAUUAUGUGUUUCAGAUUAUUCCUGCAAACAUUAUGUGCUGUAUUAUCUUGUGCAAACAUUACUUGUGCAAACAAGAUGAUUACUUGUGUGAACAAGAUUACUUAAAAUCAUCUUUCAGGACUUCAGGUAUUUACUAGACUUUCAACUGCAUUUAUGGUCUGUAUCAGCAAAUGGAGUUGUAUGCUCAGUUGUUGUGGAGUUGCUAGUACGCUACAGUAGUAUGUGAGCCUUGAGUAAAGAUUUUCAUUCACAAACUCUCUAGAAUGCUCACAUUCACUUUCAUGUAAUUUGUGCAGUGUAGGUGAAAUCUGUCAUGGACAUAUCCUUGUGAUGUCUGUACAUUUUAAAAUGACAUUUGUAUUUACAGAUGUCAUUUGUGGAUGGAAGUGUUUGUCUAGACAAGCAGCAACAGUCAGUCAGCAGCACCUUUUUUGAAGAAUGUUUGGACAUUGUACCCUAAUAUCAUUAUUUUUUCCAUCAUGUACAGCUGCAGUUAUAAAGAAGCCUGAAGGUUCCACAGUUAUACAGUA